AUGAUACACUAUCGAAGAGACACAAACAAAAGGCUGGACGAAAUUCAUAAUAGUAAACCAUUUUCUGUAAACAACAUAACAACAGGUGGUAAAGCUGAGGGAACAGCUCUGUACUUUGAAAGUGAUAUAGACCGUCUUUAUGCUAUUAAAGGAAUAACUUGUGUUGAGCCUGGAUUACCAUGCCUAAGCCCUACAGUACUUCAUCUAGACAAGACAGGUUGUUCACCAGGAUAUACCAGAGUAAAACAAGUGCAUAUUGGUGAAAAUAACAGUAUCCUAAACAAGCACUUAGUAUCCGAACAAAACGAAAUAUAUGUUGCGAACAGUUUUUCAAUUUUCCGGGAAAAUGCAUACAUGCUUGACAUAAACGGAGUGAGGAUAACUAAACAAGAGAAGAGCGGACCAUCUGCGCCUUAUGGAAAUACAUCUAUCAAAUAUGACUUUGUGUUUGGGUUUGAGUGCACUUGUCAAGAUUUGAUUGAGAAAUGGUUUAACCGACCACGAAAAUACGAGUGGCCAGGUCCUAGAUUAAUAAAACACAUAUCCACCCUCGAGGGACAUGUGGUUCCAGUCGCAAACAAAGGCAGUAAGUUUCCACUCACAGAAUGGAGAAUUUGUUUCACCAAAGCAGAAUUGAUGCUUAUGCAUUCUUUGGAUGAAUGUCAAACGAAACUAUAUAUACUUCUGAAACUUAUUGCAAAAUCUCUGCUUAAACCUUUGUGUUCAGAAAUGUCCUCUUAUAUCAUGAAAAAUAUUGUGUUCUGGAUCGUAGAAACAAGUCCGAAUGAGAGGUUUUCGCAACAAUCUUUAAUUGACAGAUUGGUUGAUUCCCUUACUUAUCUAAAGGAUUGUUUAAGUUCAAAUGUUUUGAAGAGUUACAUGAUUGCUGAGAGAAAUUUGUUCAAGGGCCGCAUUACCGAAAUUGAAAAGAAGGUUACUUAUAAAGAAAAUUGA